CCUGGCUGAAGCUUGACAAAAAGGUAAGGUUAAUCUAAUCAAGAUUUAGACCAUGGAUUGAAAAUGUUUCACUUUUCUCGACAAGUCCCAUGUUUGGUGCCUGAAGUAGUACCAUGAACAAAUAUUUGUUGAUAUCUGCUCAGGCAUUCUCAAACCAUUUCCUAUUCAUUCUUAAAACGCUGCAAACAAAAUCAAAUGGGCCAUACAAAAAGAGCACAUUCUUUUGAGAGGCAGGUCAAAUCACUCCAUACUAUAUUUGCCUACCACUCACUCAGUCAAUGAGUAGCCACUCACUCACUGUACUAUGGCCACGCUCUCUCUCGCACUCCUACUUCGUGUGCAGGCCGGUGGCUAAUUGUUAAUCUCCCUUUAUUUAAGUCAACUUUCUUUAAAAUUGUCAUUUUUUAUGGGAUUUUAGUUAUUAUGGCAAAGAAAAUCGAUGAGCCCCAUGGCGCUCUGGUCAAACGUAGUGCACUAUACAGGGAAUAGGGUGCCAUUUGGGACACAACCGAUUCCAGUCCCCUGAUGUUCCCGUAAUCAGCCGGUAGUGUGAACUCUCAGUGAACCACUAGAUACCAAGAUACUACUUCUCUGGGGGAGUGUAUGCUGUGUACCCAAUGCAAUAUGUAUCAACAGUAUAGUUAAAGCACAUCCACCUGUAUCGGUGGAAUGGAGAUGUGCCUGUUUUGAUGUGCAGAAUUUCCAAAUGCGUCAAUGGUUCUCACCAGAGAUGUAUGUAGACACGUACAGGUAUGUACUGUAUACAAUGGCUGUGGUUAUCACAUCAUGGAGGUCACAAAAACACACCAACUUCAUCUUACUUACAGUAUUUGGUUUGGGCUGAUUUAUAUUGCGUGGCUAAUAAACUGUUUGUUCUUGCAGCAUUAGCAUUACGGCACAAUGUGAGGAGCUAGACUAUUAGCAUUAGUGUAUACGUAGUGACAUUAUGGGGUAGUAUAGUAACUUUACUUAGUUUACAGCGAAAGGUGUUAGGCCGGUUGUGGGUUCACCAGGACGUUUGAAGUACAGUUUUACUGAGGACACAGACAGUGAGGCACUUACAAUAGAACAUUAUAAUGUACUGACAACCCAGUGGUCCAUACCUAUAAAUAAAGGAGUGCGAUAGAGGCCAGUUGGAGUGCAGUGAGCUGUGUGCUGACUCUACACAGCUCUACUUCACAGUAGCUCUAUCAGCACACAUUCCCCGGCUCUAUUGGGAAUAUUCCAGACGUUUCACACAGCCGCCCCAUUUGCUUCCCAUUCGCCUCAUCAAGACCUUUUGGUUCCUGUUUUGGAGCGAACACGGAGGAAGAGGCCAAAGUCAUUAAACAAACAUCCUCUUUUACAGAGGAAUAUGACAGUGCAUUUUUUUUUAUGCAGCACUAUGCAUCCAAGACAAUUUCACUCCUCGGGUACAAUAAAGUUUAUCCAAUCCUAUCCUACUCAUGAAACUGGAAGCCCAAAUAGCACCCUUUUUGCCUUUGUAGUGCACUACUUUUGAUAAAAGUAGUGCACUUUAUAGUAGUGUACUAUAUAGGGAAUAGGGUGCCAUUGAGGAUUCAGAUAUACAGUUGAAGUGGGAAGUUUACAUUCACCUUAGCCAAAUACAUUUAAACUCAGUUUUUCACAAUUCCCGACAUUUAAUCCUAGUAGAAAUUCCCUGUCUUAGGUCAGUUAGGAUCACCACUUUAUUUUAAGAAUGUGAAAUGUCAGAAUAAUAGUAGAGAGAAUUAUUUAUUUCAGCUUUUAUUUAUUUCAUCACAUUCCCAGUGGGUCAGAAGUUUACAUACACUCAAUUAGUAUUUGGUAGUGUUGCCUUAAAAAAUGUUUUACUGGGGUCAAACGUUUCGGGUAGCCUUCCACAAGCUUCCCACAAUAAGUUGGGUGAAUUUUGGGCCAUUCCUCCUGACAGAGCUAGUGUAAAUGAGUCAGGUUUGUAGACCUCCUUGCUCGCACACACUUUUUCAGUUCUGCCCACACAUUUUCUAUAGGAUUGAGGUCAUGGCUUUGUGAUGGCCACUCCAAUACCUUGACUUUGUUGUCCUUAAGGCAUUUUGCCACAACUUUGGAAGUAUGCUUGGGGUCAUUGUCCAUUUGGAAGACCCAUUUGCGACCAAGCUUUAACUUCCUGACUGAUGUCUUGAGAUGUUGCUUCAAUAUAUCCACAUAAUUUUCCUUCCUCAUGAUGCCAUCUAUUUUGUGAAGUGCACCAGUCUCUCCUGCAGCAAAGCACCCCCACAGCAUGAUGCUGCCACCCCCGUGCUUCAUGGUUGGCAUGGUGUUCUUCGGCUUGCAAGCUUUCCCCCUUUUCCUCCAAACAUAACAAUGGUCAUUAUGGCCAAACAGUUCUAUUUUUGUUUCAUCAGACCAGAGGACAUUUCUCCAAAAAGGACGAUCUUUGUCCCCAUGUGCAGUUGCAAACCGUAUUCUGGCUAUUUUAUGGCGGUUUUGGAGCAGUGGCUUCUUCCUUGCUGAGCGGCCUUUCAAGUUAUGUCGAUAUUGGACUUGUUUUACUGUGGAUAUACAGUGGGGAAAAACGGUAGAUGGUAGGCUUUGUUACUUUGGUCCCAGCUCUCUGCAGGUCAUUCACUAGGUCCCCCCGUGUGGUUCUGGGAUUUUUGCUCACCGUUCUUGUGAUCAUUUUGACCCCACGGGGUGAGAUCUUGCGUGGAGCCCCAGAUCGAGGGAGAUUAUCAGUGGUCUUGUAUUUCCUAAUAAUUGCUCCCACAGUUGAUUUCUUCAAACCAAGCUGCUUACCUAUUGCAGAUUCAGUCUUCCCAGCCUGGUGCAGGUCUACAAUUCUGUUUCUGGUGUCCUUUGACAGCUCUUUGGUCUUGGCCAUAGUGGAGUUUGGAGUGUGACUGUUUGAGGUUGUGGACAGGUGUCUUUUAUACUGAUAACAAGUUCAAACAGGUGCCAUUAAUACAGGUAACGAGUGGAGGACAGAGGAGCCUCUUAAAGAAGAAGUUACAGGUCUGUGAGAGCCAGAAAUCUUGCUUGUUUGUAGGUGACCAAAUACUUAUUUUCCACCAUAAUUUGCAAAUAAAUUCAUUAAAAAUCCUAUAAUGUGAUUUUCUGGAUUUUUUUUCCUCAAUUUGUCUGUCAUAGUUGACGUGUACCUAUGAUGAAAAUUACAGGCCUCUCUCAUCUUUUUAAGUGGGAGAACUUGCACAAUUGGUGGCUGACUAAAUACUUUUUUCCCCCACUGUAUAUACUUUUGUACCUGUUUCAUCCAGCAUCUUCACAAGUUCCUUUGCUGUUGUUCUGGGAUUGAUUUGCACUUUUCGCACCAAAGUACGUUCAUCUCUAAGAGACAGAACGCAUCUCCUUCCUGAGCGGUAUGAUGGCUGCGUGGUCCCAUGGUGUUUAUACUUGCGUACUAUUGUUUGUACAGAUGAACGUAGUACCUUCAGGCGUUUGGAAAUUGCUCCCAAGGAUGAUCCAGACUUGUGGAGGUCUACAAUGUUUUUUCUGAGGUCUUGGCUGAUUUCUUUUGAUUUUCCCAUGAUGUCAAGCAAAGAGGCACUGAGUUUGAAGGUAGGCCUUGAAAUACAUCCACAGGUACACCUCCAAUUGACUCAAAUGAUGCCAAUUAGCCUAUCAGAAGCUUCUAAAGCCAUGACAUCAUUUUCUGGAAUUUUCCAAGCUGUUUAAAGGCACAGUCAACUUAGUGUAUGUAAACUUCUGACCCACUGGAAUUGUGAUACAGUGAAUUAUAAGUGAAAUAAUCUGUCUGUAAACAAUUGUUGGAAAAAUUCCUUGUGUCAUGCACAAAGUAGAUGUCUUAACCGACUUGCCAAAACUAUAGUUUGUUAACAAGAAAUUUGUGGAGUGGUUGAAAAACGAGUUUUAAUGACUCCAACCUAAGUGUAUGUAAACUUCCGACUUCAACUGUAUAAACUUGCUGUUUGGAACCAUUAAAGGGUUUAAAAAUAAUGCCUUAAGCCUAACACUGGUGAUGCAUAUCAUGGAUGCCAUGGAUUCCAUUUAUAUCUCCCCUUACAGAAAAGCCACAUGAUUUCACAUGUGGAAAAUCACAUGAUUCCACUAAAAUAAUGUGAAAACGUGUUUUUGGAACACUUCACAUGUGCUGUUUACACGUGUUGCUUUACAUUAACUUGACAUAGGAUCAGGUGAUCAUAUGAAAAUGUGUUUUUGGAACACUUCACAUGUGAAAUUCAUGUGUUUUAUUCUGUAAUGGUCAUUUCAACCCUGAGGAAAUAUGAGGAAUAUGUGAACACCCUGUAACAUUUCAUUCCCCUUCUCCCCUCUAACCCUCAUAGAUAGCCUAGCUGCCCUGUUCAGGUGGAGGGGUAUUAUGUUUCACUGUUUUCUGUUUGUUUCUCGUUGUGAUUUAUAUGCGUCUCGUGUGUACACAGUAUAUUUCACUUGUGAGCUGAGAAGUGUUUCGGCCCUGUCCCUAUUCCCUAUAGUGCACUUAUUUUGACCAGGGCACCUGGGCUCUGAUCAAAAGUAGCGCACUAUAUGGGGAAUAGGGUGCCAUUUGGGAUGCCGAUUCCUCUUGAAGGACAUUGGGGACAAUAAAUGUCAUCAAUCAAUGAUCAAUGAAUCGUCUCUCUCCAACCCAGGUGUCGUCCCAGGACGUGAAGAAGGAGAACCCGCUGCAGUUCAAGUUCCGCGCCAAGUUCUUCCCCGAGGACGUUUCUGAGGAGCUGAUCCAGGACAUCACCCAGAAACAGUUUUUCCUGCAGGUAACGCACACUCAUAUAUAUAUAUAUAUAUAUAUAUAUAUAUAUAUAUAUAUAUAUAUAUAUAUAUAUAUAUAUAUAUAUAUAUAUAUAUAUAUAUAUAUACAGACAUACCCACACACACACGUUUUUUUGCGUGUCUGUGCCUGUGUGUCCAGGUGAAGGAGGGCAUCCUGAGCGACGAGGUCUACUGCCCCCCGGAGACGGCCGUGCUGCUGGCCUCCUACUCAGUCCAGGCCAAGUUCGGAGACUUCACCCGGGACCUCCACCGGCCCGGCUACCUCACCUCAGACCGCCUGCUGCCCCAGCGGUGAGCGCCGGUCCACUUCCAGUCUCUAUGGGCCUUGGUCAAAAGUAGUGCACUGCAUAGGGAAUAUGGUGCCAUUUAGGAAAUGACCUAGAGUUAUUUUCCAAUAGCUACACUAGCAUGAAGCACACUACUUUCUUCAUAUGUAGCAAUGUAUUGAGGGCGUGCAUUCUAAGUGGUAUGCUAGUAUGGACAUUGGAACUUAGGCAGGAAUACAGACUCCAAACAAUAGCUUACUGUGUUGCUGUGAUAGACAGGAACAGGAUCACGUUUUGUGUUCACAUAGAUGAGAAGAAAUCCAUGCCAUGAGAAAUCCAGUAUUGGUCAUAACAUGAGUACCCUUUAUUCAUUAUACCUCCUCUCUGUUUGCCCACUCUUCUAUUCUUCCAUUGUUCUUCCCUUCCUUUCUGCCCUCCCUCCUUCUCUCCCUCUCUCUCUCUCUCACAGUGUUCUGGAGCAGCACAAGUUGUCCAGGGAGCAGUGGGAGGAGAGGAUCCAGGUGUGGCAUGAGGAACACCGAGGAAUGCUCAAGUGAGUUCCUCUCUGUGUUGGUUUGUACGAGUCUGUAUGUUGGUGUCCCUGUCAUAAUGAAACAGGUUCCCCUGAUUCGCUCUACCUCAGAUAGCAAUUAUUUCCCUUUUUAUUUAUAUGACUUUAUGAAGAUGCUCAUUAGUUGAUCAGGGCUUAUCUUCCUGGGUUCAUUCAUACACAAACAUACGAUACAAUACGAUACAUGAUACCAUACCAUAACAUACAAUACAACACACCACAGUACCAUACACAAGGACACAAUAAUAAAAGAAUAUCAAAUACCAAACCAUUCCUUAAUUUCUCCAUGUCUGAUCCUACAGGGAGGAUGCCAUGCUGGAAUACCUGAAGAUCGCCCAGGACCUGGAGAUGUACGGAGUCAACUACUUUAACAUCAAAAACAAGAAAGGAACCGAGCUGUGGCUGGGUGUGGACGCCCUUGGACUCAACAUCUACGAGAAGGAAGACAAGUAAGAAAUAGCCUUCGGAGUUGUGUUCAGUAGGUCACACUGUAGCAAAAACAUUUAGCAAAGAAACAUUUAAAAUGAGCAUUUCUUAUUGGACAAGUCCAGGUAGUCCCUCCCUGUUUGUCUGUUUCAAAAUGUUUUCUCCCUACAGGACACCACCCAGGUUCCCUCACUGAACUGACCACUAGUGCAGUGUUUCUCAGUCCUGGUCCUGGGGACCCAAAGGGGUGCACAUUUUUGUUUUUCCCCUAGCUCUAAAACACAAAUAAUCAAAGGUUUGAUGAUGAGUUGAUUACUUGAAUCAAGUGUGUUAGUGCUGGGGGAAAAAACAAAAUGCAUCCCUUUGGGUGUCUAGGACCAGGAUUGAGACUCUGCACUAGAGGGUCAAGUCAUGCAAAACUGUGUUCAAAUAGUGUUUAAUUGCUGCUGCCUGGGGUGUCACUGCCACUAUUCCAUUACUUCCAUUGAGCCAGGCAAGAUUUCAAAUACUAUUUGAACCCAGGUCUAAAGUCAUGUAGUCCAUCUACCCAUUCUGGUUCUGCUUGACAACGAUACCGGGUUGUUUUCCGGCCUUCGCUACAGUUCGGUUUCAGACAUUGUGGCCUUAUUCCAAUGGACUUCUGUCCUGGUUAACCCAUGUCUUUAGUUAAUCAGUACCAACGAAGAUCAUUCUCACCAGACAAUAUUACAGGAAUAAGUUACUACAGCCCUCUUCCCUUCCACUGUCUCUCUCUUUUGAUGAGCUUUUACUGUUCCAUCAUACCCAAGGUUGUUGUGUGAGUUUGCGGUCCACCAAAUACUUUGCUAAAGCUCAAAAUAAAGAUACAGAUUUGACCAGAUCACUCACGCGAUACAAGCGGUAACUGCGUGAUUAUUUGGUAAAUACUUGCUCCCGGUGAGUUAAAUUACUGGGUUAAAGUAGAUUAUGACAUAAUAGAAGUGUUCCUUAUAUAGUCGAUAGUCCUGCAGUCACUGACCCUCUAUCAGUACCACUGGCUGAGUGACAUCAGACCAGUGUUCAAAUAGUUGUUUCCUUUCAAGAUGGGCUGGGUUUGCAGUUAACACUUUUGGGACUACUCCGUUGGCUCCAUCGGGCCAGACAAACUCAAUUAAGCACAGCUAAAUUCACAGCAAAGUAGAUAAUUAAAUACUAUUUGAACCAAUGUCUGGCAGACGUGCCAAAGUAGUGUUUGGAGUACAGUGCACUAACCUCUUGCUUGGUUGUGUUGUUGACAACGGUCGUUGCGCCCUUCUUAGAGCUCCAUGCACUGUUUGAACUCUCCAUGCCAAAAGUCUAUUCAAAGCAGUGUGGUCCAAGGUCAGUUCAUCCUAGUGAGAAGUGAAUACGGCUCCUUGGGUGGGUAAUGAGAAAAUGUAUCGACUCAGCCGCCACCCAGAGGACUCUGUCUGGCCACAGAUGGUAGUGCUUUAAUUCUAACUUGAGUGUAUCUUUUGGGAUUUCCCACUGUUUUACUCUCUACCCACAUUAUUGUGGCUUGUGUCCAAAUUGUCUGGGGGUUUUAUGCUUAGCUUUAAAUCCACACAAAGCACAUAUGGAUAUAUGUUUGAGAGAGUGUUUCUUUAAAGUCAGUGUUUAUUUACAACUACAAUUGUUCCAUAGAAUGGCUUUAAAGUGAAUCUAACACUCUUAUUUUUACUUGAAUCUGGUGAACCAAGGAGAAAAUGGGGCAAGAGAGAGACACACAAACACAGGGCUCUGUGUCUGUCUGUAAGGCUCUGAGUGUUUGUGUCCUUGAGUGUGUGUGUGUGUGUGUGUGUGCGCGCGCACGGGUGGGUGUGUGUGUGCACUCUGGGGCUCGGCAACAGAAAUGCCUCUCUGCCGCAGUGCACUCUGCUGUAACCAUGGCGACGCCUACUGGUUUUUCAAGCUGUGCGGGACAUAAGAAUGCCAGGCUGACCUAGAGUGCAUUCCCCUCAACGAAGGCAGCAGGCUACAUACAAUACGCAGCACUACUACUGCCAAGGCCUCUGAGAUACAUACAGAGUGCAUAGUGUAGACUCCUUAGACCCUGCUGAGACACCCACACUAGCAUACCAUUGCUCCUUUUUGUGUCAGAUAUGGCCAUCAUGCCAAUGUUUUACGCCUUAGGCAAUUUGUCAAACAAACGCACACACCCUCAUUCAGUAUAAGACGAAUAGCUAGCUAUCAGGACAGGGUUCCAUUUUGACCCUAUACCAGAAAGGAGGGUAUAUGAUGUGAAUGUUGUCCUAGAUUGUCCCUGAUUGCUGAAUAAAUCCAUCCAAAUACAUGUUUACAUUUCCAUGAGAUUCUACAUAACCCAGAACACACAAUGUAAAUAAAAUCUCUAGAACGGGCCUCUGACCCUAGCGAUUUGACUGGUAAAAUUAUAAUUUUUCUUUGAAACACACCUCUGUGGAUAACAGUUAUUGGGAGAUGUUACCUUAUACAACACCUAACCUAUCAGUUAGAGAUUACUCUAAAUAAGAGUCAUGUCCAUUCCCUUGUAGAUUCCUCACAUGUACAGUGGCUUGCGAAAGUAUUCACCCCCCUUGGCAUUCUUCCUAUUUUGUUGCCUUACAACCUGGAAUUAAAAUAGAUUUUUUGGGGGGGGUUUGUAUCAUUUGAUUUACACAACAUGCCUACCACUUUGAAGAUGCAAAAUAUGUUUUAUUGUGAAACAAACAAGAAAUGAGACAAAAAAACAGAACUUGAGUGUGCAUAACUAUUCACCCCCCCAAAGUCAAUACUUUGUAGAGCAAACGUUUGCAGCAAUUACAGCUGCAAGUCUCUUGGGGUAUGUCUCUAUAAGCUUGGCACAUCUAGCCACUGGGAUUUUUGCCCAUUCUUCAAGGCAAAACUGUUCCAGCUCCUUCAAGUUGGAUGGGUUCCGCUGGUGUACAGCGAUCUUUAAGUCAUACCACAGAUUCUCAAUUGGAUUUAGGUCUGGGCUUUGACAGUAUGCUUAGGGUCAUUGUCCUGCUGGAAGGUGAACCUACAUCCCAGUCUCAAAUCUCUGGAAGACUGAAACAGGUUUCCCUCAAGAAUUUCCCUGUAUUUAGCGCCAUCCAUCAUUCCUUCAAUUCUGACCAGUUUCCCAGUCCCUGCCGAUGAAAAACAUCCAAACAGCAUGAGGCUGCCACCACCAUGCAUCACUGUGGGGAUGGUGUUCUCGGGAUGAUGAGAGGUGUUGGGUUGGCACCAGACAUAGCAUUUUCCUUGAUGGCCAAAAAGCUCAAUUUUUGUCUCAUCUGACCAGAGUACCUUCUUCCAUAUGUUUGGGGAGUCUCUCACAUGCCUUUUGGCGAACGGCAAAUGUGUUUGCUUAUUUUUUUCUUUAAGCAAUGUUUUUUUUCUGGCCACUCUUCCGUAAAGCCCAGCUCUGUGGAGUGUAGGCUCCUUCAGGGUUAUCUUUGGCUCUUUGUUGCCACUCUGAUUAAUGUCCUCCUUGCCUGGUCUGUGAGUUUUGGUGGGCGGAACCUCUCUUGCCAGGUUUGUUGUGGAGCCAUAUUCUUUCAAUUUUUUUAUAAUGGAUUUAAUGGUGCUCCGUGGGAAGUUCAACGUUUCGGAUAUUUUUGUAUAACCCAACCCUGAUAUGUACUUCUCCACAACUUUGUCCCUGACCUGUUUGGAGAGCUCCUUGGUCUUCAUGGUGCCGCUUGCUUGGUGGUGCCCCUUGCUUAGUGGUGUUGCAGACUCUGUGGCUUUUCAGAACAGGUGUAUACAGUGGGGAGAACAAGUAUUUGAUAUACUGCCGAUUUUGCAGGUUUUCCUACUUACAAAGUAUGUAGAGGUCUGUCAUUUUUAUCAUAGGUACACUUCAACUGUGAGAGACGGAAUCUAAAACAAAAAUCCUAGAAAAUCACAUUGUAUGAUUUUUAAGUAAUUAAUUUGCAUUCUAUUGCAUGACAUAAGUAUUUGAUCACCUACCAACCAGUAAGAAUUCCGGCUCUCACAGACCUGUCAGUUUUUCUUUAAGAAGCCCUCCUGUUCUCCACUCAUUACCUGUAUUAACUGCACCUGUUUGAACUUGUUACCUGUAUAAAAGACACCUGUCCACACACUCAAUCAAACAGACUCCAACCUCUCCACAAUGGCCAAGACCAGAGAGCUGUGUAAGGACAUCAGGGAUAGAAUUGUAGACCUGCACAAGGCUGGGAUGGGCUAAAGGACAAUAGGCAAGCAGCUUGGUGAGAAGGCAACAACUGUUGGCGCAAUUAUUAGAAAAUAGAAGAAGUUCAAGAUGACGGUCAAUCACCCUCGGUCUGGGGCUCCAUGCAAGAUCUCACCUCGUGGGGCAUCAAUGAUCAUGAGGAAGGUGAGGGAUCAGCCCAGAACUACACGGCAGGACCUGGUCACUGACCUGAAGAGAGCUGGGACCACAGUCUCAAAGAAAACCAUUAGUAACACACUACGCCGUGGAUUAAAAUCCUGCAGCGCACGCAAGGUCCCCCUGCUCAAGCCAGCGCAUGUCUAGGCCCGUCUGAAGUUUGCCAAUGACCAUCUGGAUGAUCCAGAGGAGGAAUGGGAGAAGGUCAUGUGGUCUGAUGAGACAAAAAUAGAGCUUUUUGGUCUAAACUCCACUCGCCGUGUUAGGAGGAAGAAGAAGGAUGAGUACAACCCCAAGAACACCAUCCCAACCGUGAAGCAUGGAGGUGGAAACAUCAUUCUUUGGGGAUGCUUUUCUGCAAAGGGGACAGGACGACUGCAUCGUAUUGAGGGUAGGAUGGAUGGGGCCAUGUAUCGCGAGAUCUUGGCCAACAACCUCCUUCCUGGAGUAAGAGCAUUGAAGAUGGGUCGUGGCUGGGUCUUCCAGCAUGACAACGACCCGAAACACAGCCAGAGCAACUAAGGAGUGGCUCCGUAAGAAGCAUCUCAAGGUCCUGGAGUGGCCUAGCCAGUCUCCAGACCUGAACCCAAUAGAAAAUCUUUGGAGGGAGCUGAAAGUCCGUAUUGCCCAGCGACAGCCCCGAAACCUGAAGGAUCUGGAGAAGGUCUGUAUGGAGGAGUGGGCCAAAAUCCCUGCUGCAGUGUGUGCAAACCUGGUCAAGACCUACAGGAAACGUAUGAUCUCUGUAAUUGCAAACAAAGGUUUCUGUACCAAAUAUUAAGUUCAGCUUUUCUGAUGUAUCAAAUACUUAUGCCAUGCAAUAAAAUGCAAAUUAGAUUCCGUCUCUCACAGUUGAAGUGUACCUAUGAUAAAAAUUACAGACCUCUACAUGCUUUGUAAGUAGGAAACCCUGCAAAAUCGGCAGUGUAUCAAAUACUCACUGUAUAUACUGAGAUGAUGUGACAGAUCAUGUGACACUUAGAUUGCACACAGGUGGACUUUAUUUAACUAAUUAUUUGACUUCUGAACAUAAUUGAUUGCACCAGAUCUUUAUUUAGGGGCUUCAUAGCAAAGGGGGUGAAUACAUAUGCAUGCACCACUUUUCUGUAAUUUAUUUUUCAUUUCAUUUCACCAAUUUGGACUAUUUUGUGUAUGUCCAUUACAUGAAAUCCAAAUAAAAAUCCAUUUAAAUUACAGGUUGUAAUGCAACAAAAUAGGAAAAACGCCAAGGGGGAUGAAUACCUUUGCAAGGCACUGUAUGGGAUGAAUACUUUUGCAAGGCACUGUAUGUCAGCCAGGGUCUGUAAUUGAUUGAAAUACCAGUUCAGGAAGCAGCAGGGUUUCGCAGUGUGACACUGUAAGGCGGAUCAUAUUACAUCCUCCGUAUGGCUAUAUACAGCCUAAUGUAUGUGUCCGCGUGGCGUGUGUCCGUUUUACAUUUAGCAGAUGCUAUUAUCCUGAGCGACUUACAGUAAAAUGUAAGUGCAUACAUUUUCAUACUGGUCACCCGUGGGAAUUGAACCCACAAUUCUGGCAUUGCAAGCGCCAUUCUCUACCAAGUGAGCUACACGGGACCAAGUAAAGAACCAGCCAAUGUCUCUCUCUCCAGCACACAAUGGACGAGCCCCGCCUGAAAUUCCUCGCACCUAGCCCUAUUGAUACAGAGGCCAACAUGUACAAUGCAGUAGUACGCACAGUCCUGCCUCAGACAUUUACAUGGAAUGAAUCAUAUCCUAUUUCAGAUUUGUUGCACUUGUUUCCUACAACUGAUCCCAUGCUGUGUCCCAAAUGGCACCCUUUUCCCUAUAUAUUGCAUAGCCUAUAAGGAAUUAUAUAAGGAAUAAGGUGCCAUUUGAGACAGUGUUUCCACUAACAUUGAAAUAAUUUGGCUUUGGUUGGUUUCAAUGAAAAGAUUUGGCUACCAACACCCUGGAUUUUGAUUUGGGAAAUAAUCUGGAAUAAAUCUAUGGAAUAUUAACACUGUAAUGUCCACUAUUAAGCCAUGUAAGAACAUGUACAAUACUAACACUGGUUUGCCUCAUUUCUCCCAUCAGACUGACCCCAAAGAUCGGCUUCCCCUGGAGCGAGAUCAGAAACAUUUCCUUCAACGACAAGAAGUUCAUCAUCAAGCCCAUCGACAAGAAGGCCCCGGUGAGUUACGCCUAAACACCAUAGAUUCACACAAAUAGGGCCAAGCCAGGCUAAGCCCAACUGUACCGGGCUGGCCUGGUUACGCAUUCACCAUAAUUGCUGGAACUCUGCUGGAAAGGACAAUGUGAACAGAAAAUAUCCAAGCCAACACAUUACAGUUUGGGUCAGCCCUACAGUGUGAAUCAAGCAUCAGACACAGGUCGCCAUGACGCAGAACCACAAUAACACUGUUUUGAUGAUCGAUACUAUUCACCACAUCACACACUGUCUUCACACACCACAUUUAACAUCACAAUGAAAACAAUCUGAAAGCAUUAGGAAACGGCUGCAGCAGAUGUCACGAUGGACCAAUAUAAAACAGAUCUGUUUGUGCUGUAAAGCCAACUUCUAUGGUCAGUGUUAUGCAAAACAAACAACCAUAGGAGCUGGCUAUACAGCACAAACCGAUCUGGGACCAGGCUAAAACACAAUGUAGUGUAAAGUAAGAGAUACAGGAAGAUGUUUUACUUUGUAUUUACUGUAGGUACAGUUUGUGUUGGCUACCUCACCUCCCAUAUUCCCAGCUCUGCCUGCUUGCGUCCUCUCUCCUCUCCUGCUCCGUCUCCUUGGGGCUAUCCUCAGUCCCAACUCCCAUUGUCAACAGAACCCUGGCUCCAGCCCCUGCUUGCACAGAUAGGGAGACACACAGACACACUUACACACACAAGUUGGUUAGGACGCACGUGUGCACACACCCUGAGUGCUCUUCUAAUGUCCAUCAAGCCUCUACGCUCAACAGACCUCAUCUCUUCUGCUCAAGCCACUAUUUGUGUGUGUGUGUGUGUGUGUGUGUGUGUGUGUGUGUGUGUGUGUGUGUGUGUGUGUGUGUGUGUGUGUGUGUGUGUGUGUGUGUGUGUGUGUGUGUGCAUGCGUGUGUAUGUGGUCAGCCUAACUGGUCAGUAAGCGCAGAUGGGCAGUGUCUCAUUCAUCUGAAAGGUUAAGUCAUUCCUACUGCUUCUUUCAGCUGCCAUUUCCACUUUCCAUCCAAAGCAAAUGGUCGCUGUGCGCGUUGCCAUGCAGCGUGCAAGUCUCUACACCUGCCUACAGUAAACCAUUUGUCAUUUCAACAUUAGGGAAGCACAGAAGACUGUCUGCAAAACUGUUUUGUCUGACCUGAGUUUUGUUCUUUUCUCCACCCUCCUCCACCUCUUUUUCCCCCACAUCUCUCUAUUUCGCACCUCUGUCUCGCUCUCUCCCCCACAACUCUCGCCGCCACCCUCUUUUCAUUUCUACCCCCCCCCCCCCCCACCCCCCUCUCUCACCCACUAUCAAUCUCUCAUCCUCUCUCGCUCUCACACUCUUCUUCUCUCAGGACUUUGUGUUCUAUGCCCCUCGCCUGCGCAUCAACAAGCGCAUCCUGCAGCUCUGCAUGGGCAACCACGAGCUGUACAUGCGCCGCCGCAAGCCUGACACCAUCGAGGUGCAGCAGAUGAAGGCCCAGGCCCGCGAGGAGAAGAACCAGAAACAGUUGGAGAAGUGUGUGUGUGUGUGUGUGUGUGUGUGUGUGAGUUUAGAAUAGGGAUGGUCAACACUCCUCCUGGAGAACAACUGGAUGUACUUGCUUUUGCUCCAUCCCUACCCAAACACCUAAUCAGAUUCAGAAUAUCACUCACAAAAAGAGAUUGUAUCCCACUUCACAUUAUAAUAGUUGUCUGUAGUAGCAAAUAUAUGGCGUUAUUCAUAUCCUAGCAUGAAUCUCUUGCUCCAAAGCUUAUUAGCAUGCUCUUCAUUACAGCAAGACAUGCUCAGCACCUUUGUAGGCCUCACAGGUACUUGAAGUACCACAGCGCUAGGUCACUAGCAUAAGUAGAUUAAGCCCAGCGUAGCGCUGAUGAUUCAAUAGCAUGACCUCAUUCUGUGAGUGAAGCGACGUUAAGACAAGGUUGUGGGAGCUGGCUAGUGUUAUCUGGACAGUAUCGCCUCUGCACAGCUGUUCAAACAACAUGAUGUAACAGUCAUUCAUGACGCUGUACAUGGCCGAGGUCUGUCACAUACAAAUCGCCUGUAGGACUUUCCCCACACUGCCAAGCCCACACAAUAAAAGGGAAAGGAAGUUGGUGGGGAUGAUCUAUUGGAGAAUGUUCAUUGUGUUUUUGGACUAGACUGUUAUGCAUUACAAUGAAAUGUAAUGUACAUGUGUACACUAGAGGUAUACAGGCUGCAUUGUAUAAUGAAAGUAAACCAGCUUAUUUAAAAUCACAGUACAAACUACAAAGGCUAUGUGUAGAAUGACAGUUUAUGCCUGCUACAUUGUGCCCCCCGAAUGUGUUUGCUUGCUUUUGUGUGUAUGGGUGGGUGUGCAUGCGCAUGUGUGUGUGGCUGUGUGUACAACGUAUACAAAGUGUGUGUCUCUACUCAAUGUGCGUAAAAUCAGUGUGUGCCCUCACACACUGCGAGAAGGGCCAGUUGAAUAGUUUAUUAGCCAGCACACGUCAGCCCCUCUUUGUGGCUCACACCGGCCCUCUCUUAUCUGCAGGACCCAGCUGGAGAACGAGAAGAAGAAGAGGGAGGCCAUCGAGAAAGAGAAGGAGCAGAUGGAGCGAGAGAAGCAGGAGCUGAUGAUGAGGCUCUACCAGUUUGAGGAGAAGACCAAGAAGGCAGAGAAAGGUAGGACCGAGGGAGAACAGGGUCUGACUGGGGAGGACACUAGGGUCACCCAGAGCACAUUUAUCACCUAAAUGGGAUUGUUUGCUAUUUUAUACUUAUCCAUCUUAAAAAACUGCAUUGUUGGUUAAGGGCUUGUAAGUGAGCAUUUCACUGGAAGGUCUACACCUGUUGUAUUCGGCGCAUGUGGCAAAUCAAAUUUGAUUUGAGGUGGAUGUGUGUGUGCGUCCAUGUGUGUGAGAAAGAGAGAGAUGUGGGGGGGGCAGAGAGAGAGAGUGUGUGUGUACCUGUGGAAUUUUUGUGUGUGUUGGUGUGCGUUCAUACUUUAUACGUGCGUGCAUCAUUUUUAUGCCGCAUAUAAAAGAGAGCUUAAAACAGUAACGAUAUUUGAGAAAAUGGUUCUCAGUUGAUGACAAUUUGCAUUUCAAUAGUUUUACUACUCUGGUUGUUUCAAUUCAGAGGUAAUAAACAGGUGGCAUUGUGCUAUGUGUGACUUUGUCACUGUGGACCUUAGAUAGCCCGGCGGUACCGUUUUUACAGGGUUAGAUAUCAGCAAUCGGGCUGAUAAGGCAUUCCUCAUCGACCUUUGUUUGUAACCCUCUAUUCAGGGUUCAUCGCCAUUCAGUCUUUACCAUAUAGUGCGGUCUGUCGGAUUUACGUGGCGCACAGGAUUAGUAUUUGCAUGAAUAUAGCUGUGGAAAGGGUUUACGGAUACACCAUGGAAGUAGAGCAGCCAUGUAACUACAGUAAGUGCCUGAUGGUUUGAUAGUGGUGUGUUUUGCAAUUGUAAGUUUGUAAAAUUUUGUACUUCGUUUUUGAAGGCCCGCUGCAGAGGUCGGUCCUUUGUCCUUCUUUUUUACAUUUUUUUUUUUUUUACAGCAGUUUGCAGUACUGGACAUGUAGUGUAAUUUGGAGGUUUAUGCAGGGCAGAAUUUUCACUUGGUUAUUGGUCUAUCACCCUCAAAUUCAAAUCUGGACCACUGCUUUUUUUCCAUUCUUCCCCUCUAAUCAGGAACUGAGUUAGACCGGGCAUACCAGGUGGGUGCAAUUAAUGAUUAGGUAGAACAGACAACCAGUAGUACUUUGGACCUCCUAGGAUAAUAUUUGAGUACCCCUGGUCUAUCAGUUAGUAAUGCAGGGAGCUGUGACAGUUUUUUCAUUUUACAUUUUAGUCAUUUAGCAGACGCUCUUAUCCAGAGCGACUUACAGUUAGUGAGUGCAUACAUUUUUCAUACUGGCCCCCCGUGGGAAACGAACCCACAACCCUGGCGUUGCAAGCGCCAUGCUCUACCAACUGAGCUACAUUACACAGUUCUCUCUGUGUAAUGCUAGAGAGUUGUUAGGAAACUCAUGUUUGCUACAUGUGGUUGUAGUGUUCAUCUUGUUCUGUAUGUGUUUCUCAGUGUAGCUAUGUGCAUCUGUGUGCCUCACACUGAAUGUAUAUUGGGUUAGAAAUAUCUCUGUCUCGCAGAGGCGUAUCUGUCUUUUAUCUGUCUAUUCCUGUCAGUGUCACUCUUAUCUCUUUGAGGCUCUCUGUGUCUGACCUGCAUGAGUAGCAUGUGUGUUUGGGUGUCUUCCAGGUCGUCUUUAUUGCCCUAGUCAGCAUAACACGUUGCACAGAAUAUAAAAUCUCACAAUACACGUGCGCGUCAUUGUUUGUGUGUCUCACCUCUGUCUCUCGGUCUCUCCUCUCCAGACCUCCAGGAGCAGAUGCAACGUGCCACGCAGCUGGAGGUGGAGAGGAGGAUGGCGGAGGACGAGGCGGCCCGCCUGGAGGCUGAGCGUCAGGCCGCCCUGCUGGCCAAGGAGGAGCUGGCCCGCCACGCCCAGGACCAGAUGCACAACCAGGAGCAGCUGGUGAGAACCACCACACAACCAUGUUACAACCCCCCAAUAACCUUGCUAAGCUGUCCUUUAGCACUACCAUGUCACAGCCAAUUGAAACGCCACUAUAACCCUACUACACUGUACUACACUGUACUAUACUGUACAUGCUGAAAUGGACCUAUACUGUACAUGCUGAAAUAGACUUAUGUAUCUAUAUGUGACCGACCAGAGUUCGAACUCAGGUCUUCUCCUGCACGCCACAAGACAGUUAGCCCACUGAGCUAAAGCCUAGGCACCACCUCUUUAGCAUAUACAACUCCGAACUACACCUCACUGCAGCGAACUGUGUAGAGCUGAAAUAACCGCUGUUCAGCACUAAAGAGCAAACAAAACCUGUACCAGACUGCUCCUCAAGACAUCGUAAUAAUGUCCUUCACCACCGUAAAACUGGAGCGCAUCCCAUUAUGCCAGACAGCGCCUACCCUGCUCUGCACCAGACCACCCUCAGGGUCACUUUAACAGGCCUGACAGGAAACCUGUAGACCAGGGUGAAGUGUGCUCUCACUAGGCUAUCGACAGUGGAACACUGAGUCUGUUUUGAUAGGGACAAGUUAGACGACAGCCACUCUGAACAAACCCCAUAACAGAGCCCUUUGUCAUGAUAAACGGAUAAAGACACCAGAUAAAUACACGAUGAGUAAUGAUAACUUGGCUAUAUACACAGGGUGCCAGUACUGAGUCGAUGUGCAGGGGUACGAGGUAGUUGAGGUAGAUAUGUACAUAUAGGUAGGGAUAAAGUGACUAGGCAACAGGAUGGACAAUAAACAGGAAUGUAGGCUACAAUAUAUUUUAAAUCAAUCAAAUGUAUUUAUAAAGCAGAUGUCACAAAGUGCUUAUACAGAAACCCAGCCUAAAACGCCAAAGAGCCCCAAAGAGCCAACAAUGCAGAUGUAGAAGCACAGAUGUAUUUGCACUAAUAGGGCUUUCCACAAAUAUGUAUUGCAUCAUCAUGACCCCUAUAGGCCCUACUAGUAUGAACAUUGCAACAUUAUCAUCUGUUUUUCCUCAAUCUCCUCAGCUUUAACUAGGUAUACUGGAAGCUCCAGUGACUAAGCACCAGUCAAUGGAGGCUGUGUUGGGCCUUUUUCAGCCAGCCACCAAUUUUACAGCACACUUCACAGGUGGUGUUUUAUGGUCAAACAUCCACACUGUGUGUGUCGUGCUUUUGUGCUGGGCUUUGUGUGUGCGUGCAGUAUUUACAACCCUAGAUUUCACACACACACACACUGCGACAACAGACACAGUGUGUAUUCAGAACCCUUGCUUGGUUGGCUCUGGUGAAAACCAGUCAGUCACAGACAUUGUUUUGGUGCAUUGCAGACAGAGGCCACCUGGAGUAGGAUGGAGUUGCCCCUAGACGCUGAUCGUGGGUCAGUUAGACAUUUUCCCCGCUAAAGGUUAAAGGGCAAUUCCACCCCUUUUCAACCUCAUAUUCAUCAUCUCCAGCACCAGACCAGUGUCUACAUAUGUGAAAACAGCACAUUUCUAUGAUCUGAGGUUAAAAAUAUAAUAAAAAAAAUGCUUCUCUGUGACAUCACAGGGUAGGAUUAAAAGUAAAAAACAGUGAUUUUCAAAACCUACAACGAGUUUCUAGCCCAAGGGAGUUCUUUUUUUCUACACACGUCAUUGCGAAACUCAGUGUUUGAAAAUCACUGUUUUUAAAAUGUUUAAGCUUAUGAUGAUGUCAUCGGGUAGAACUUUUUAACUUUUUUUUUUCUUCUACAAAAUUUAGAAAUGACACUGGUAUUGUGCUGGAGAUAACGAAAAGUAGGUUGAAAAGUGGUGGAGUUUAACCUUUUAAGGUUAGGAUUGCGGGAGUGGAAGCUGAUCCUAAACUUCACCCUGGAGCGAGGCCCCCUCAUCUCCUUGGAGGCUAUUCAGACUCAGAGCUCUCCUCUGACCUCCCUGCUCUGUCCAACUUUCAUCAAGAUCCAUGUAGAGAAUGGAGAUCCAAGAUGACAGUCGCACUCUCUGAUAAAUGACCAGCUCUACCCCAGGUUCUGAAGUGCUGAGCCCUACACUGAGCACUGUACUCUAAUGUACAGUGUUGCGGUCAAAUAUUUUGGCACCUUUGCACUUUACAAUGGAGUGUAUUGGAGCAUAAUGUUCUGUUUUCUCUUUUCAAAACUGGUUGAAUGGCUAUUGUUACCCUGUAGGCACCUGCAACUUACCACAGGUGAGAAAUUACACACCUCCAACCAAAUUCAUUUCAAUCAAGGCAUUUUUUUUUUACUUUUGAAAAAUCCUAAUUUUAGUUUCGAUUUUGUAGUUCUUGGUCCUCUGCAGUUGUAAAUCAAACAAAUACACGUGUGAACACCAAACAAUUUUUCAAUAACUUAUUUUGUGCAUAAUGUUUCUGCCACCGUCUCUUAUGACCGAAAAUAGCUUCUGGACAUCAGGGCAGCGAUUACUCACUUCCUACUUAACAAAGAUUUUUUCUUUAACUAGUCGGACGCGAAGGAUUUUCUUCAGACACCCGACAAGGCCCAAAACUCCGUCAUUCGCAUGAGAAAGAGGCAGAUAUCUGGGACGUAGGUCGGGUACCUUGUAAGGAUCUGACGGCGAGUAGGUAAUCUGCCUCUACCAUCAGUCCUAUUAGCCAACGUACAAUCAUUGGAUAACAAAAUAGAUGAACUACGAUCACGAAUAUCCUACCAACGGGACAUUAAAAACUGUUUCACCGACUCUUGACUGAACGACGACAUGGAUAACAUACAGCUGGCAGGAUAUACGCUGCAUCGGCAAGAUAGAACAGCUGCCUCCGGUAAGACAAGGGGUGGCGGUCUGUGUAUAUUUGUAAACAACAGCUGGUGCACGAAAUCUAAUAUUAAGGAAGUCUCAAGGUUUUGCUCGCCUGAGGUAGAGUAUCUCAUGAUAAGCUGUAGACCACACUAUUUACCAAGAGAGUUUUCAUCUAUAUUUUUCGUAGCUGUCUAUUUACCAGCACAAACCGAUGCUGGCACUAAAGACCGCACUCAAUGAGCUGUAUAAGGCCAUAAGCAAACAGGAAACGCUCAACCAGAGGUGGCACUCCUAGUGGCCGGGGACUUUAAUGCAGGGAAACUUAAAUCCGUUUGAUCUCAUUUCUACCAGCAUGUUAAAUGUGCAACCAGAGGAAAAAAACUCUAGACCACCUUUACUCCACACACAGAGAUGCGUACAAAGCUCUCCCUCGCCCUCCAUUUGGCAAAUCUGACCAUAACUCUUAUCCUCCUGAUUCCUGCUUACAAGCAAAAACUAAAGCAGGAAGCACCAGUGACUCGGUCAAUAAAGAAGUGAUCAGAUGACACAGAUGCUAAGCUACAGGACUGUUUUGCUAGCACAGACUGGAAUAUGUUCCGGGAUUCUUCCGAUGGCAUUGAGGAGUACACCACAUCAGUCACUGGCUUCAUCAAUAAGUGCAUCGAUGACAUCGUCCCCAUAGUGACCGUACGUACAUACCCCAACCAGAAGCCAUGGAUUACAGGCAACAUCCGCACUGAGCUAAAGGGUAGAGCUGCUGCUUUAAAGGAGCGGGACUCUAACCAGGACGCUGAUAAGAAAUCCCGCUAUGCCCUCAGAGCAUCAAUACAGGACUAAGAUUGAAUCGUACUACACCGGCUCAGACGCUCGUCGGAUGUGGCAGGGCUUGCAAACUAUUACAGACUACAAAGGGAAGCACAGCCGCGAGCUGUCCAGUGACACGAGCAACACUGAAGCAUGCAUGAGAGCGUCAGCUGUUCCGGACGACUGUGUGAUCACGCUCUCCGUAGCCGAUGUGAGUAAGACCUUUAAACAGGUCAACAUUCACAAGGCCGCAGGGCCAGACGUAUUACCAGGACGUCUUCACUGACAUUUUCAACCUGUCCCUGGCUGAGUCUGUAAUACCAACAUGUUUCAAGCAGACCAGCAUAGUCCCUGUGCCCAAGAACGCUAAGGUAACCUGCCUAAAUGACUACCGACCCAUAGCACUCACGUUUGUAGACAUGAAAUGCUUUGAAAGGCUGGUCAUGGCUCACGUCAACACCAUUAUCCCAGAAACCCUAGACCCACUCCAAUUUGCAUACUGCCACAACAGAUCCUCAGAUGAUGCAAUCUCUAUUGCACUCCACACUGCCCUUUCCCACCUGGACAAAAGGAACACAUACGUGAGAAUGUUAUUCAUUGACUACAGCUCAGCGUUCAACACCAUAGUGCCCUCAAAGCUCAUCACUAAGCUAAGGAACCUGGGACUAAACACCUCCCUCUGCAACUGGAUCCUGGACUUCCUGACGGGCCGCCCCCAGGUGGUAAGUGUAGGUAACAACACAUCUGCCACGCUGAUCCUCAACACGGGGGCCCCUCACGUGUGUGCUCAGUCCCCUCCUGUACUCCCUGUUCACCCAUGACUGCAUGGCCAGGCACGACUCCAACACCAUCAUUAAGUUUGCAGACGACACAACAUUGGUAGGCCUGAUCACCGACAACGAUGAGAGCCUAUAGGGAGGAGGUCAGAAACCUGGCCAUGUGGUGCCAGGAUAACAACCUCUCCCUCAAUGUGAUCAAGACAAAGAAGAUGAUUGUGGACUACAGGAAAAAGAAGAGGGCCGAGCACGCCCCCAUUCUCAUCGAUGGGGCUGUAGUGGAGCAGGUUGAGAGCUUCAUGUUCCUUGGUGUCCAUCACCAACAAACUAUCAUUGUCCAAACACACCAAGACAGUCGUGAAGAGGGCACGACAAAGCUUAUUCCCCCUUAGGAGACUGAAAAGAUUUGGCAUGGGUCUUCAGAUCCUCAAAAAGUUAUACAGCUGCACCAUCGAGAGCAUCCUGACUGGUUGCAUCACUGCCUGGUAUGGCAACUGCUCGGCCUCUGACCGCAAGGCACUACAGAGGGUAGUGCGUAUGGCCCAGUACAUAACUGGGGCCAAGCUUCCUGCCAUCCAGGACCUCUAUACCAGACGGUGUCAGAGGAAGGCCCUAACAAUUGUCAGACUCCAGCACGGCAAGCGGUACCGGAGCGCCAAGUCUAGGUCCAAAAGGAUUCUUAACAACUUCUACCCCCAAGCCAUAAGACUCCUUAACAGCUAAUCAAAUGGCUACCUGGACUAUUUGUCCUCAGGCCAGGAGGGAAGCCAAAGUCUACCCAAUAGUGGUAAAGCAGCCUUUUACAUUUAAGUCAUUUAGCAGACGCUCUUAUCCAGAGCGACUUACAAAUUGGUGCAUUUAACUUAGGAUAGCCAGUGGGACAACCACAUCUUGAUCACAGUAAGUACACUUCUUCAAACAAGCAGCUGUGAGCAAAGUCGGCGCAAUCAGGGACAACUACAUGUUGAUCAUAAUAAGUACAUUUCUUUAAACAAGUCAGUGCUGGCAGGUGAAAUAAGUCAGGUGUUAGUUUAGACAAAAGACAAUGGUAGUAAAGGGGGGGUAGAAGGAUUACUAUUAUACUAUUCCAGGUAUUCCUUAAAGAGGUAGGGUUUCAAGUGUCUCCUGAAGGUGGUCAGUGACUCCGCUGUCCUGGCGUCGUGGGGGAGCUUGUUCCACCAUUGGGGUACCAGAGCAGCGAAUAUCUUUGACUGGGCUGAGCGGGAACUGUGCUUCCGUAGAGGUAGGGAGGCUAGCAGACCAGAGGUUCUAACAGCAGACCUAUCAGCUUGCUGCCAGCUCUUAGCAAACUGUUGGAAAAAAUGGUGUUUGACCAAAUACAAUGCUAUUUCUCUGUAAACAAAUGAACAACAGACUUUCAGCAUGCACUCAACAUGUACUUACACAAAUGACUUAUGAUUGGUUGAAAGAAUUUAAUAAGAAGAUGAUUGUGGGAGCUGUACUGUUAGAUAUCAGUGCAGCCUUUGAUAUUAUUGACCAUAACCUGUUGUUGAGAACUUAUGUGUUAUGUUUUUUCUACCACUGACAUAUCGUGGAUUCAGAGCUAUCUAUCUAAUUGAACUCAGAGAGUUUUCUUUAAUGGAAGCUUCUCUAAUGUCAAACAUGUAAAGUGUGGUGUACCACUGGCAGCUCUCUAGGCCCUCUACUCUUUUCUAUUUUUACCAAUGAACUGCCACUGGCAUUAAACAAAGCAUGUGUGUUCAUGUAUGCUGAUGAUUCAACCAUAUAUGCAUCAGCAACCACAGCUAAUGAAGUCAAAUGAAACCCUUAACAGAGUUGCAGUCUGUUUUGGAAUAGUUGGCCAGUAAUAAACUGGUCCUGAACGUCUCUAAAACUAAGAGCAUUGUAUGUGGUACAAAUCAUUCCCUAAGUUCUAGACCUCAGCUGAAUCUGCUAAUGAAUGGUGUGGCUGUUGAACAAGUUGAGGAGACUAAAUUACUUGGUGUUACCUUAGAUUGUAAACUGUCGUGGUCAAAACAUAUAGAUUAAAUGGUUGUAAAGAUGGGGAGAGGUCUGUCCGUAAUAAGGAGACGCUCUUCUUUUUUGACACCACACUCCACAAAGCAAGUCCUGCAGGCUGUAGUUUUAUCUGAUCUUGAAUAUUGUCCAGUCAUAUGGUCAAGUGCUGCAAAGAAAGACCUAGUUAAGCUGCAGCUGGCCCAGAACAAAGCGGUAUGUCUUGCUCUUCAUUGUAAUCAGAGGGCUAAUAUUAAUACUAUGCAUGCCAGUCUCUUAGCUAAGAGUUGAGGAAAGACUGACUGCGUCACUUCUUGUUUUUAUAAGAAACAUUAAUGUGUUGGAAAUUCCAAAUUGUUUGCAUAGUCAAUUUACACACAGCACUGCCACACACACUUACCCCACAAGACAUGCCACCAGGGGUCUUUUCACAGUCCCCAGGUCCAGAACAAAUUCAAGGAAACGUACAAUAUUAUACAGAGCCAUGAGUGCAUGGAACUCCCUUCCAUCUUUAUAUAGUGCAAGUGAACAGCAAACCUGGUUUAAAAAACGAAUAAAGCAACACCUCACGGCACAACGCCUCUGCCCCAUGUGAACUACUUUGUGUAUGUAUGUACUGACAUGUAUGUGUAACUGAUAGAUGCACACACACACACACACACACUACACAUUCAUGUUUUUACAUGUAAAUUGUAAAGUAUUUUGCCUGUAAUGUAUUUUUUGUUAUGUGUCGGACCCCAGUAAGACUAGCUGUCCAAAUUGUUUGCAUAGUCAAUUUACACACAGCACUGCCAUCAGGGGUCUUUUCACAGUCCCCAGAUUCAGAACAAAUUCAAGGAAACGUACAGUAUUAUAGAGAGCCAUGAGUGCAUGGAACUCCCUUCCAUCUUAUAUAGUGCAAGUGAACAGCAAACCUGGUUAAACAACAAACAAAUAAAGCAGCACCUCACGGCACAACGCCUCUCCCCCAUGUGACCUACUUGUGUGUAUGUACUGACAUGUAUGUGUAACUGAUAGAUGCACACACACGUAUGUACAUUUUAAAAUAUUUUGUCUGCCGUGUCAGACCCAAGUAAGACUAGAUGUUGCCAUUGGUGUCAGUUAAUGGGGAUCCUAAUAAAUCAAAUCAAACCAUGGUGGCCCACACUGGUCAUUAUACCUCAUCACCAGAUUAUUAGCCCCAGCACAUGUUGAGACAGACUGAACUCUGGCCUACUCACUCUACUGUACCACAGUACUCUCAGCUUCUCCUUUUUCUCUUCUGUAAGGUGACUUUUAUACAUUCCCCACACCCACAGUGUCCAUCCAUCUCUGUCCUAAUGUUCACUUUUUACUAAAACCUGUAGUCCUCCUCCACACUAUCCCCUACACCCCUCUCUUUCUCUCCAUCCCCUCCCACAGACUUGUAGUCCUUUGUCUACUGUACCCUUACUGUCUGUGGCCUGUAGCCCUCCACCUCCUCUGUCGUCUUCCUUCUCUCGCCCAGAUGUUUAAGUCCUCUCCUCUCUCCCUCCUCUCCCCUCUUCUGUUCUCUCUAUCAGGCCGCAGAGCUGGCCGAGCACACGGCUAAGAUCGCCCUGCUGGAGGAGGCCAAGAGACGCAAGGAGGAAGAGGCCGACACAUGGCAGCACAGGGUGAGUCGCCCACACACACACGUGAACAAAACGCAUGCGGGCCUAUGGACGCACCCACAAGCACGCACAAUUGGAUGUGCAUACACGCACACAGGUGCCCACACACACACAGUCAGUCACUUACUAUUGAUAUUGAAGGUUGCAUUGUAAUGUGGGGCAUUCUAGGGUGUUUACAUUUACAUCAUUAAGCAGACGCUGUUCUGAGUUAAUAACUGCCGUGACCACCAUCCCCCUCCCUUUCCUUCCCAACCCGCAGGCCCGGGAGGCCCAGGACGACCUGCUGAAGACCAAGGAGGAGCUUCACAUGGUGAUGACGGCCCCUCCUCCGCCGCCCCCUCCCCCCAUGUUUGUGGAGGUGCCCAUGUUCGUGGACAACCACGAUGUGAUGACUAUGGCGGAGGAGCAGAACGACCACGACAGUGAGGAGAACAACAGCACAUACAGCGCCGAACUGCAGAACGAGGGCUUCAACGACCACCGCCUGGAGGAGGAGCGGCUCACUGAGGCCGAGAAGAACGAGCGCGUGCAGAAACAGCUUAUGGUGAGAGAGGAGUUCGCAGAGAGCCGUGCGAGUUUGCAGGGAUCGGUUGAUGGGUUGAGUGAUGGAUUGAUAACUUGAUGAAUUCAUUCAUUCAUUAAAUCAUUGUCUUGAAUUGUAUAUUACUAGUAACACAUCAACCUAUAGAUAUCUGCUGUCCUACACCCAUACUAUUGCCCAGGGUGAGCCCAGGACAUUUCCCUCUCUUACUCUGACUGAGUACAACUUGCGUUAAGUUGUUGUCCUCUUGUUGACUUAUGUCCAUGGCUUGUUCCUCCCUUGUUUACUUCUUGUCGACUCAUCGACUUAUUCCUCCAUGCAGGCCCUGAGCUCGGAGCUGGCCCAGGCGCGUGACGACACUAAGCAUACCCAGAACGACCUGCUCCACACAGAGAACGUGCGCGCCGGCCGGGACAAGUACAAGACCCUGCGGCAGAUCCGAUCAGGCAACACCAAGCAGAGGAUCGAUGAGUUUGAGGCCUUAUAA